AGUUGAGGAUUAAGACUUGUUUCUGAGUUAUGACAAUUCAGAUUAGAGAUGUAAGACUUGAUUCUAGGUUAUGACAAGUCAGUGUUAGGAUGUAAGACUUGUUUCAAAGUCAUGACAAGUCGUUUAAGGAUUUGAAUCUUGUUUUGAAGUGAUGAAAAGCCAGCAAUUACAUUAAACAUGUCUCGAGGUUAUUGCAAGUCAAGUUAAGGAAACAAGACUUGUUUUAGGUGGUUACAAUUUGACUCAAAUAUAGAAGUCUGUUUUUAGGUUAUUUAAGGACUUGUGUUAUGCAAGUAAGACAUAGCUGCCACAAAUGAAUAUAAAAUUAAACAUUGAGGCUUCUUUUUAUGAUAUAAUGAAUCAUGUUAAAAGGGGACACAUUUCCCCUUUUAAUGUAAAUUUCAUUGUUAAAGUUAAUUAAAACACAUACCGGUCUCUCAGAAUUCAUCCAAGACAUGCCUAAAAAGAAGGACCUUAUGGCCUCGAGGGCAACUUCUUCUAAGUGGAAGAGAAAAGGUGGGCCAGACAGUUUAACUGAACAAAGUGCUACCACAGUUCUGAACGUUGACUAUGAUAAACUGGUCAAUGCUAUUCUAAAAAAGUCAGGGCAAAUGGCGCAAAAUCUAUGCUCAGUGUUGGAAGGGAUCCCAGAAUUCCAUCAAGAGGAGGUGCAGUUAGUAGCCAAUUCACAAACUCACUCAUCAGGUGAUGCUGUGAACUCUAUAUCAGUGGCUCUGAACAUUGCAAAAUUUAUUAACAGUAUAUUGCAUACAGGUGAGCCAGCAACACCCCCUCAUAAGUCAGAUUCAAUUUGUCUAAUUGAUGGAAUUCCUCUUGCUGCUACCAUUCCUUAUAGGGUAAAGACAAAAUCUGGGAGAACCAAUUUAUUGAUCUCCGUCUUAUAAAGCAGCGGCAAGAGGAACCAAUCUCCUUAAAUAUUGUGGCAGGUUCCAUCACUGUCCAACAUAGUUCUUCAAAGAACAAAGUGUCAUUGUCUAUCCAGCAAUGAACAGAUGGCUUUUUGAUGUCUGCUACCCAUUUUGCUUUCAUGUAUGCUGCUUUAUGUAAGAAUACUCUUAGGGUGUUGCUGGCCACUGCAUGUAUUUUCAUGCUAGUCAUUCCAACAGUUUAUUGAAGUUCAGUGUUUUUAGAAUGUUCAGAAUAUUUAGUGCUAUGCAUUAGCUACUCCGUGUAUUUUAUUACUAGUAUUAUACAUUUAUUUGUAAAACAUUUAUGACGGUCUCUUACAAUUAUCUCUCUCAUUUUUUUAACCAAUUGUCAUUGGAUUUUAUGGCAAAAAUUUUAAGGUGCCGCCUUAUUUUUUAUUUUAUUAUGUUUGUAUUUAUCAAGAUUUAUAAAAAUCAGGGAAGUCCCUAUGUCAUUCUUGUUUAGGUUAUCUGAGUUGUAGUUUUGAUACUCGGGGAUCUCCUUAUUAUAGGGGUUGUAAAUAAGUUGUCAACUUCUUCAAUCGUCAUUGAUAAAUGACAAUAUUCAACCAACAAUAUGUAUUCUAUUGUUAAUUGCCAAGAAAAUUAACAAAGCUGCGGGACAUGAGAAAACCGGUUUCAUCGAAUAGUAUUUUAUAUGCUUAUAAAAAUGGAGAGCAUAAAUUAAAUUAACACUAGUGUAGUGAUGGAAAAGGUCCUUUAUUGAAAAUGAUGAAUUUUUUUUUAACUAUAAUGGGGGAUAACGUUAACAGAUAAUCACACAAUGCGAAAUGGUAUUUCAAUAUGCUGAUCCCAUAAAAUUACAGAUGUACAAUAUACAUAUACACAUGUAUGUAUAUGCACAACAUUACAAACUACAUAAACUAUACAGCAAAAAGAUGACACAAAAAUAAAUAUGUCGAUUCAUGUACCCACUUGUAAAUUGAGAUCAAAGUGUUGUGCAACUAACUUCGCGUAUACUUAAUCUGUAAGAAUGUGUACACCAUUUCUGAAUGAAAUGUAUCUACUGUUACUAAAGGAUAUUGAAAUCCAGACAAUGGUAGCUCUAAUAGGUCAAAUGAUAUCUGCAUCUUUAAAAUGUGAUGAUUAGAUAACUGGCGUUGCGUGCCUUGAGCGCUCUUGUUAAUUCCAGCUACAAUGUACUACUUUAAUUUUCAUAUCUUAUCUUCUGACUUUAUACAUGCAUAAUUUUAAUCAAUCUGCAACCGAGCCAUGAUUGGAUAAUGAGAAAAGGAUUCAACUUCCCGGUUACUAUCUGAUAAAUUCAAAGCUAAAUCUAAUACUGUGAUCUUCAGCUGGGAUACACGGCAUCUCAAUUAAAGGCAAUAAGAUUUACUAAACAUGCAUUGUCUGUUGCGUGCAACAAUUAUCACCUUUGUGAGCAGUGGCCUAUCGGUCAUCAGCGGAAUUCUUAUAUUCAUUGAAUACAGCCUAAACCUCCACCAUGAUCGACUAGCCACGAUGUUCGUGUUCAUGACGAUAGGUGAUUUUAUGUAUGCCGUUGGUUACAUUGUGGGGGAUAUGCGGUACUAUGACCUGUACGAGGAAAUUGACAAUGUGACCAGUACUAACUGCAGUAUACUGUCAGAUGAUGCCAGCAACGACCUGCUUUGCAAAGGGCAAAGCUUUGUUACAACGUACGCAAGUCUGGUGUCGUUUGCUUGGACCUGUAAUUUACUGAUCACGCUAUAUUUAUACUACAUAGGUCAUCACAGACCAUCACGGUUAAGGGAGUGGAUUAUGCACAUUGUCGGAUGGAUUUUACCAGGUAUAAUUGUCAUUAGCGCGGUAUCAGCCGGAGCUCUGGGUGAAGAUAGUGCGGAAUACAGCGGACCUUGGUGCUGGGUGCGGGACUUUCCAUCCAAAGGCGAAAGAAUUCUGUGGAUGCUUUUUGCGGGGAAAUUCUGGGAAAUUUUGACCUACAUCAUUACGUUCGUCAUGUUUGUACUCUGCAUGAAACGUACAAGUUGUGGCAGAAAUGAAGGCGCUCGCUUCACCUUUCGUAUUUCGAUUUACAGAACAGAAUGCCAGAAUAUCAGGAUGAUGUAGAAAUACCGAGAUUUUGCUAUGCGUGGAUAAUUUUGAUGGUCACCCGUUGCUUUGGCACAGCCCGUUUCUUCUUAUAUGUGUCUGAUGUACAAGUUAGCGAUAAGGCAAAUGAAUGGCUGUUGAAUCUACAAAGUUUUGGAGAUGGCAGUUUGGCGUUUGUGAAUUUUAUAUUUUAUCUGUUCACUAACCCCCCUUUUGUACGAAAGUAUUGGAAUCGAAUCUUGGCCUGGAACAGAAAUGGUGAUAGGACAAUGUUAAUAUUGUAGAGGGUGAUUCAAAUGGAUUGGAUAUAUUGCCACAUAAAAAUAGAUAUACGAAACUUAAUUUCCAGAUGCAGCAAGUAAUACAACAAAUCAUAAAUUGUAAACCUUUAUUGAAUAAAUGAGAGCAAUUACAAUUUA